UUGCAACCAUCACUAUAUAAUAAAGAAAUAUUUAAACUGGUUAGAAAGUAAUGGCUCGAAUUUAUAUAUAAUUGAAAACUCCCGUCUUUUUUUCUAUAAUAUAUGAUAUACAUGAUCCACUUGAGAACAAGCACUUCUAAUGGUAUAAACAAAGGGAAUGGAAAGUAAUGGGGCUGUCUCUUGAGAUGCGAAUUAUGGGGCUACAUUGGCCCCUCGAGGGCACCAGUUGCCCUUAUUAUUAUUAUUAUUAUCAUUAUUAUUACUAUUAUUAUUAUCAUCAUCAUCAUCAUCAUUUUUAUUAUGAUUACUAUUAUAAGAUAGCUGGGCCAAAGCUGGCUGCAUGUAGCAUAGUAAUGCCUCCAAGCGGCUUGUGUGGUGAGCUGCCAUUGGUGAGAAGGGGCGGUAGGCGACCAGUGAGGGUGCUGCUUUCUCCUAUGCGCUCCCGAUUCGAAUGUUGUCACUUUGCUGGGCUGCCGUGAUCCUUGACAUCAUCUCUUCAACUAAUAUUUGUCGUCCAAGCUAGGAACCAGGACUUGAUAUCGCCGAAAGGACAUACAAGCAUGAGUUUGGCACAGAUUCAGCCGGAGGACAGCGAUAGAUGCAUACAGAAGCAGUUGUGGCGUCUGCGUCAUGAGGACCCCACACAGUACCAUACACUGGUCAAGAUGCACCUGUCUUUUGCCACUGACCUGCCAACAGAUGAGUGUGACGGGCGCCUCAGCGAGACCACUACAAGUCGGCGAUGGCAGCUGACGCCCCUCAUCAAGAAGCUGAGUCGGGCAGCAGUAUCUAGCAAGGGUGUGAUGGAAGGGGCACCACUCACACAGGAGGGUGUUUGUCAAGUGUUCCAGGUGCUACACUACCUUAACAAAGAAAACAACAUCAUUCAGGAAGGUUUGUUUCGUAAAAAUGGAAGUCUCAGCAGACAGCAGGAACUGAAAAACUUACUCAACUCUGGUGCAGAUCUCAACCUGGACUGUGGAAUGUAUUCCCCACACGACUGUGCCUCUGUUCUGAAGAGUUUCCUGGCUGACCUCCCAGAACCACUUCUCACUGAGGCUCACUAUCCAAUCCAUUGUAGGAUAGCAGAGAUGCUGCAGUCCCACAUGAGCCACACCCAGAAGGCAGCUGUGCACACUCGACAAAUCAAGGCCCUGCGUCUCCUCUUCCUGUUGCUCCCGCCAGAGAACUACCAGCUGCUUCACGACCUCCUUAUCUUGCUUCACAGGGUGGCAUCUCAUCAGAAACAGAAUCUCAUGUCAGCCAUCAAUCUUGGUACCAUGUUUGCCCCUCACAUCCUUUGCCCUCGUAAGAUGACUCCGAAUGACUUGCAGUACCUCUCAGGCCCACUGAGCAUAGCUGUGGCCUUCAUGAUUGAACAAGUGCCACAUCUCUUUCAGAUUCCUUUGGAGUUGGAAUAUGAUGUCAGGCAGUACUGGAAUAAUAAAAAGAAACUGCAUCAUCAGCUAUCUAAACGAUCACUGAUGGAUGCCCCAGCCAACACAAUAUUCACCUUCAUUGACCGUGAACUGACUGCACAGGCCAAUGACAAGGAUGUGACAGAGGUGGCUCUGGCAGAGUUGUAUGCAUAUGUGCAGGCCUUACCAGAUUCUGCCAAGAAGAGAAAGCUGAUCAAGCAGUUCAACACAGCCAGUGGUCUUGGCACCCCACAGCUCAACCAGAGUGUAAAUAAGAAGCAGGAGGCUCGUGGCAGGAGGCUUGGGGAGUCAAUCAAGAAACAUCUUUUCCACAAGACAGUGAAACCCUCCAAGCUAAAAAGCCAACCUUUCUCUUCUCUUGACUACACUAAAGUCAAACGCACCAACAGUGAAGAUUUGCUAACUAGUCCCUCCUCCAGGUCACCUGAACUGCGAAUGUUCCACCAUAACCCAGAGCUCAGCUUUCCUUGCCGAAUCAAAGCUAAAUCUCUUGAGGAUCUAUCUUCAUCUUUCAGCAGCCAUCUUUCCAUUUCUUCCUCCACCACAACUGAUUCAUUUAUUUCUACUAUUGUUCACCCAGCAUUUCAUCCCAACUCCUCUUGUCUUGGAGCCACAAAGCAAAUCUCUGGUUCAUCAGCCAAGCACAAAGACAAUCAGGUUCAGAUGAACACUGCCUACUGCUCUUGCUCUGGUAAUGAGCCACUGUCCCACUUUUCCACUCCUUCCUCUUGUCUGAAUUCAACUUGUGAAACAGUAGAUGGAGGAAUAUGUUCCCCAUAUCAGUCCUUCAAGAGCCCACCAGCAGAAUGUCCCAAGACUCCAAAUCUCUCAUCUGUAUUGGAUGUUGGCAAAGAGAGUGUUCCCCCUUGGAAUGCUAGUCUGACAUCAACACCAGUCACUCCCACCCUGGAGGUGCAUUCUCCAAUCUCUCAGGCUGUAAUGAAGGCCAGCAUUCCCCAGAGAGUAAUAAUGACCCCUAGAAGCCGCUGUCCAAUAAUCAUAAACUCUUCAUCAAGUUUAUCAAAUGUGGCCAUCCCUGAGGAGAACUCCCAAACACCAAUACUGCAAAGCAUCAGGCAUCACUUGCCUACUCCCGAGGACAUACAUACUUCACCUGUCAUCACCAAUCCAACUGCACUCCUCACUUCUCCCAAAACACUACCAACUCAGACAGAUUCAUCCAUACAGAACAGUUCCUCCCAAGACUGCUUUGCAAAACUCUCAGAUGCUGAUUUUGAAGAUGACAACAGUAACAAGGUUAAAGAAGGAUUACACACAGGGGGUGGAGAGACAAAGGCAAGCCGCUGGAGUUCCUCAUCUCUUCGAUGCACUCUAAGCUCUGCUAGUUCCACCACCUCUCUCUUUGGUAGCUUCUUCCGCCACUUGAGCACCACUUCUCUCGCUCAGUUGGCAACUAAGCUCACCUCAACAACGUCCCUUCACAAACCUGAGGAAGAAGAAAAAGAAGAGUCAGAGGGAGAGUGUGAAGAGAACGAUGAUUUGAAUGAGUCUCUCUCCAGUGUCUUCAAGGGUUAUCUUCUCAGCCGCAGCAUCCUCACUGAUAGUCCGGUUGACUUGUCUGUAGUAUAUGCAGAUGAAGGCAAUGAAGAUAAUGGUUUUAAGGAGAAGAGCCCCUAUGGAAGUAAAAGUGACAGUGAAAAUGGAGAUGAUGAUUCUGCAUAUGAUAGCUCUCAGCCACCAAGUAAGACCACCUCACGACAGUGUUCCAAGGCAUCUCUCUCCUCCCUGGAUUCUGCUCAUGACUUGUACUCUAGUUCAGAAUUGUCAGAAUCACUUUUACAUUGUUUAGAUGGUCAUGAUCCCUCUCAGGCCAAAGAUAGAAAUGGUGACAGCAGAACACAAUCAAGUGAUACAAAACCAAAGCGUCACAGUGUUUGUACUGAUAGUGAACAACCUUUAAGGCUUUAUUCAUGCUCCCCAGAUGGUCGCAGUCAGUCUCUACUCAAGACAAAGCAAGGAACGCCUGUGCCACAGCGGGAGACCAGCAACACUGAGGCUGCUCCCAGUGCACAUGGUGUCAUCUUUGAGACAUCCCUGUGAGAUCAGGAGAAAUUUUGUUAGAGGUUUUAGAGGUUAUGAGUUAGCAGAUGACUUUGUUAUAAAAGACUUAUAGUUGUUAUCAGCCUCUGUUGGGAUUCUGACCAAAAACAAUUUUAGUUAACAAUUUUAGUUAUACUUUCUUUAUUCAAAUGUACAAUACCCACACAAACGUGUGUGUGUGUGUGUGUGUGUGUGUGUGUGUGUGUGUGUGUGUGUGUGUGUGUGUGUGUGUGUGUAGUGCUUUGUCUGGACAACUUCAUAUGAGGGUGUGUUUGUGUGUGUGUGUAGUGCUUUGUCUGGAUAACUUCAUAUGAGUGUUUGUGUGUGUGUGUGGUGCUUUAUCUAGACAACAUAUGAGGUCUGCCUGGUAAAUACUUUUUUCUUCUAUAACCACAUCUGUACAUAAAAAUGCAAGAAAAGUUUAUUCACCUGAAGUGUUGAAGUUUAUUCUUGAGCACCCUCCACCUCACUGGCAGGAGGAUCACAGGAGAUGGAAUAGCCAGCCUGCCUGCCUGCCUGCAGGAUGUUCAUUGUAGCUGUUGUAUUGAUACAAAUAAGUUUUUAUAUACAUUUGUAAGGCAUGGAAUGAAAACAUUUUUUGACUGAUAAA